CACAUGAGGCGGGCCCCGGAGCAGCAGCAGGUUUCUGUCUGAUCUCCUGUGGGUUUUUGCAGCUUCAGCUUCAUUUCCAGUUUUUUCCUGCGGAUCAAAGAUCAAACGCUUCCUGAACUCUGAUUGGCUGAGAUGACCAACCAGGUGAUGAACACCUGCGACUCGGCGGUGGGCGGAGCUCCGCCAGAGGAAGCAGCUUCUCUACAGGUGUUUCCGGACUCUACUGAGCGCGCUCCAAAGCUCUGCCGGCGGCUGCCCUCCAUCGUGGUGGAGCCCAGCGACGCAGACCAGGUGGAGAGCGGCGAGCUCCGCUGGCCUCCUGAUGAUGUCAGCGAUGAUGUCACGCAGCGCCACCAGCAGGCGGCAGGGCGACCCAUGGAGGGGGCGGAGCCUCCGGAGCUGGUGAUGGGCGGAGUCUGACAGCUCCAGUUUUCCCCAGGUGAAGAGGCGGAGCUAACACACCUGAGAUGAUUGGACGGCUGACCUCUGAGGACUCAUGAUAAAAAAACUUUUGAUGUAUUCAUUUUAUUUUUAUUGGUAUUUUUUGAAGAAACAUCUCCUGAUUUAUUCUAAAUCGUAUUUUUCACAGAUCAAUAAAUAGUUUGAUGAA